GUAAACUAGACUUGGUGAAUAAGAUGCUCAAAAAAUUUUAUCAAAAAAUUCCACCGGGAACUGCCCCAAAUCGCGACGGCCGGACAUAAUCUCCUAUAGAAGGACUUAAUCGACCUUUUUAUGAAAGUACGAGGACCUAUUUGACAGUUUUCCUAUAUAUAUGUGUGUGUGUGUGUGUGUGUGUGUGUGUGAGUGAGUUCAUUUAAAAUGUAUUCUUUCCAUGAAAAUGGACAAUAAACAAUUUUGGCCUUUAAUCACUUGAAAUUGAUGGAUAGAUGAAAUUUUAUCAUAAGACACGUUGUCAAAAAAUGUACAAGCAUUCAUAGUAUAAAGUGGAUAAAUAAUGAAUAAAAGUGCAUUCAUGAGUUUUAGAAAAGUUUGCAAAUUUGUUUUAUAACUUGUGCACAUUUUAUUAUGUAUUGUAAUGCACUUUUUGCAUGUUCUCUUACACAUUUGUUAUAAUAUUUUGAUUGCAUGUAACCUCCUCCAUUCAUUUUCUCAAGAUUAGGUCUUACUUUGCAUUUAGAAAUCACUUUUUGUUUUAACCAAACUCUCUUUCUAUACAUAAUAUCAUAGACACAAACACCACCUCUCUAGCUAGGAAAGAUUUUCCAGUAUUCAAGGAAAUUGUCAACACUUUCCCUGACCAAAGUCACAAUCAAACAUUGAAUAGCCAACCAUUAACACAACAUUAAGAGGUCGUUUGGUAAAAUCGUUUUUCAGCUUAUCAUGCUUAUAAGCCAACUUUUUUAUCAAAUAAGUAAUUUUUUUGCUUUCGUGCGCCGAAUUGUGUAAUAAGCAAAAAAGUAAGGUUGAAGCUACUUUUGUGGCUGUAUUGGCUGAAGUUACUUUAGAUGACCAUUUUAGCUAUUUUACAUAUAAUUUUUUCUUUAUUUAUUAAUAAAAUAUUUUAAAAAUAAUUUUUUUCUUAAAUCAGCAGAAUCAGCCAAUGCAGCCACUUAAACCAGAACUUCAUAAAUUUCAGCAGAAUCAGCCCAAUCAACUAGGGGUGGACUCGGGCCGGGCGGCCCGACCUGGAACCGGCCCGGCCCGAUCACUGUUUGAACCAGACCGAACUGGUGGCCCGGCCCAGGGGCGGUUCGGGUCGACCCGGCCCGGUGGGGUUCGGUUCCGGGCUCGGGCCCUCCAUUUGGUGGACCGGCCCGGACCGAAUUUGUUUUUUUUUUUGAUUUUUUUUUUAAGUUUUUGGGUUGGGCUGGGUAUUUUGGGUCAUUUGAGGUGGUUUGGGGUGGUUUGGGGGUGAGGGGGGUGGGUUGGGGGUUAAAUAGGAGAAGCCAAAAAAAAAAAAAAAAAACGGGUGGCCCGGCCCGGCUAGGCCCAGACCCGGAACCGGUGGCUACCGGUUCGGGCUCGGGCCCAACAAAACAGAACCGAGGCCCGGCCGGGCCCAGGCCCGAACCGGGCCCGAAUCGGCCCGAGUCCACCCCUACAAUCAGCCGAUUUUCGUGCUACCAAACAGGCUCUAAGAGUGAUUUUUCAAUGUCAGAGGUGACUUUUUCGUUUUCUUGUCACACUUAUUUUGAGAGCGCUUUUCUUCCUUUAAAAAACACAAGUAUUGCUUGAAAACAAAUGACACCAAACGCUGCCACACUCCAUUCUGGAUGACAAACAUGGCCGUGAAGCAUUUGGCAGCUAGAUAACUAAGAUAAGUACAUAGUUGGUAAGAAAGUUCAGAGAAUCAGAGAUAAUUAAAUGAAUAUUUUCAUGCAUUCUCCAACAGAGAAACUUUGGAUAACACCAAACGCUGCCUCUCCGUUCUGGAUGACAAACAUGGCCGUGAAGCAUUUGGCAGCUAAACCCUAAACCCU